CUGACAGCGCCACCAUCACGCAAAUUGUAGUUGACUCUCUUUCAUUGCAUAUAUCGUGCCUCUUCUCGUAUACAAGUCAACAUGAGUCGUGUCAGAACAAAGACGGUCAAAAAGGCCGCAAAGCUAAUUAUCGAGAAAUACUAUCCACGUCUCACCUUGGACUUUCAUACGAAUAAAAGGAUAUGUGAGGAAAUCGCUAUCAUUCCCAGCAAAUCUUUACGCAAUAAGAUUGCGGGAUUUGUCACUCACCUGAUGAAAAGGCUUAGGCAUAGUCAGGUACGUGGUAUUUCCAUCAAACUGCAGGAGGAAGAGAGGGAACGCAGAGACAACUAUGUUCCUGAAGUUUCUGCUUUGGAGCACGACAUUAUUGAAGUCGAUCCUGAGACCAAGGAAAUGUUGAAGAUGCUGGAGUUCAAUAACAUCACUGGACUUCAGUUGACGCAGCCUGUUCCACAAUUCAGCAGACGAUCUUAAGAAAAUUUACUUCGCUUUACACUAUAAACAAAAUGGUUGGUCCUGCACUUUUUAAAAAAUAAAACUGCGAACCAACACUCA